AUGGAACCCUCCGAGUUUAAAUCACAAUCGGAUCCUAGUGAUAAUAGUAAUGCGAUGGUGUUAUGGAAAUUUGAUAAUCCAUACGCUAAUUACAAGAAGGAUGCCGAAAGAAUAUUUGUGCUUGAUGGCUACACUCUUCGCAUAUCUCAAAAAUUGACAGAAAAAAUUGACAUCACAAAGAACACAGGUAACAUUGUUUGGGAUGGGGCCUAUAUGCUCAGUAAAUAUCUAGUCAAUCAUGUGGAAGGGCGAGGUCGAAAAAAACUUAGGUUCUUGGAGUUAGGUUCGGGUUGCGGACUUGUAGGGUUGGCUGCCUGGAUUAAAGGGGGAUAUGUGGUGUGCACGGGAACGAAAACAGAUAUCGAACACACACGAACAAAUGUGGAAAAAAAUGUUGAAUUGGUGUUGAGUCAACAACAACAGCGAAUGGAAUUAGAAGUUAUCGAAAUGGAGAAAGCGAGGCGAGCACGGAACGCAAGGGAGUUACUAAAAGAGGAUAUUGACGUACGCGUAUUAGACUGGCGAAAGUUACCGACUAUGGAUCUGAUCACAGAUCCUAUGCACCUUAACAAUUCCAAGACAUUUGAUAUUAUACUAGCAUCGGAAUUGCUGUAUUUGCCGGAAUUACAUCGAGACUUGGUAAAAACCAUGAUGUAUUAUUGUCAUGGAAAGAAAAGCGAGGUUUAUGAUACAAACGAGACACGUGUGCUUGGCAUAUAUAAACAACGUGGUUUGGGCGAAGAUGCUUUUUUUGAGAUUGCCCGAGUGUUGGGAAAAUUUGAAAUUGAAUGGAUUGACACGAGUUAUUGGACAAAUUUACACCCGAUUCUCGAAACUUACGAUGACCAACUCAAUCAUUCACACGAAGGUGAUAAUCCGCCGUUUAAGGCAUAUGAAAUAUGCAAAGAAAAUACAUUGUAUGAAAAAAUGUAUGGAAGUGUGUGCCAAACGUUGGAGAAGGAACUUUCGUGGGUCGGAUGUUAUCACCUUCAAUUGUUACUGAAAUGA